AUGAUCAAAAAAAAUUUACUUUAUUGUCAUGUCUAUUCAUGUCCACAUACAUGGACAUUUUAUCACAAUAUUACAAAUAAUUUUCCUAGUGAAUUAUUUCGAUGUGUUCGUGUAAUAUCAUUACAUGAUGAAUGUCCAUUUGAACAUGAUUUUUAUCUUCGAAUUGCUCAUUCAUCUCCAUUUAUUAAAAAAUUAAAUUUACAUAAUUAUCAAUCGCAACAAAAUGAUCAUGCUCAAUGGCCAAUAAUUAAAUAUCCUCAUCUUAUUGAAAUUGAUCUUGUUAAAACACAUGAAGAUUAUCUUGAAGAACUUUUAAAUAAUAGAAAGAUAUAUUUAUUAGACAAUGUUCAUCUUCGUGUAUCUUAUGAUUCUUUAAAAAAUCAGCGAUCGAUUUUACAAGAGAUGCAACGCGUAUUAAUUGUUCGAAAAUCAUUCGUCUUAUGGUGUUUGACUAUACAGUAG